AUUUCUCCGAAAUAUUCGUUAAGUUUCCAGUGUACUAUUAAACAAAUAAGAAAAUGAGUGGUCUAGUAAGAACAGCUCACAGAGUCCUGCACAGCUGUGUGAAGAACAGCAGCCUCGCCGGUGCAGUUAUCAGCAGGACCCAAGCACCCGUAAAACGUGACUUCACGCGAGGAAUCUGGCACAUGAGCUGCACAAAGAGAUUAGACGGCACAUCAGCAUCCACCGGCCUGUUGCAUCACUCAAAUACCUGCAGUUGCGGGUGCGGCUUGAAAGCGCUGCACACGAAAGGUGAACGGGAGCUGGUGGAGUUCCUCACAGAGGAAAUAGUUGCGGAGCGCAAAGCGCAGAAGCUGAAGACACUGCCGACAGAAGUGGAAGGGUUCUCCGUCAAGGGUGAUGGUGCUGAGGUAGUGCUCACUAAGCAGAUGAAGGAUGAAAUUGUCCGAAUCACAUUCAACGUAAACCACACAGUGGAUUCCGAGGACUUCGGCGACGACAUCCAACCAGAGAAGCAGGAGUUUGCAGAGAUGAGGUCCAAGCCCCAGUUUGAAGUGGAUCUGGUGAGAGGGGAUACCACCCUUGGCUUCACAUGUUCAUUCCUGCAAGAGCCUGCGAACGCUGCUGCCGAUGAAUAUAAUGACAUAUUCGGUAUUGAUGAAGUAACACUAUACCAAGGAGAGUGGUCUGACAAAGUGUAUGCAGUGGCUGGUGAUGUGCUUGAUGGGUAUCUCUACGAUCUGCUUAUGAACGUCCUCGAAGAAAAGGGUGUGAGCAAUGAAUUCGUUCAAAAACUGUCAGAUUUUAGCACCGCCUACGAGCACACCGCGUAUAUUAACCUUUUGGAGGGAAUCUCCAAAUUUACUAUUGGCAAACAAUAAUCUGUUACCCUAGAAUAGUCGAUGACAACAUUUUGUAUCUGUGGAAUCUGUACUGCCAUAUUUUAUCUGUAUUUCUUUUUGCAGCUGUUCAAAAAAAGUUUUAAAAGAAGGUUGUUUGUUGUUAGAUUUAUUCCUUGACUGGUACAAACAAAAUAAACAAUAAAUAACUAUGUUGUCUCAGUUUUGCAAAGGCAUUUAUUUACAGAUUUUCGUGUAAAUAAUUGCUUUUCAAUAUAAAAUAUUUGUAAGGUUCCACAGAAGAAAGAAUUUAUUUCUGAUUGUUAUGAAGAGCAUUUAUUUUGCUGUAAACAGCUUUAAGAAUGUUAGUUUAGUUGUGCAAUGUGUUGUUUGAUUUAGUUAUAAUGUUAGUUCUGAAUAAAAUAUUACAAUAAGA